AUCAUCGAAUUAUUAGUAAAUAUAACCGAAAAUAUCCUUUAUAAUACAACUGAAUUAAAGUCACUGUCAUACUUGAAGAUAAAUGCAUGAGAAAGCAUACGACAUACCCUCUUCCAUUGACAGUUCUUGAAUUUAAAAUGGAUGUGUCGACCUGUUUGAAGUCUCUUCUGUUGACCAUCCGUCAGUACAGGAAUAACAGAAGCCCUUUACACGCAUCACAGCUGCAGAAACACAUUGAAGAUGUUUCAGGGCUGAAGUGUGAGGGAGUGCUGUUUUCAGGUCAGGUGCUGCCCAGCGAAUGUCUGAGUGGACUCAUGGAAGUGGCUGGAGAUCCUAACACCAAUCACACGCUGACAGGGACCAUCAUAUCUCUGUUGGCCCAGUUUGCUUCUGAUGGUGAAGCCAAAGAGGCUCUUCACAGUAGCUACAACUUCACUGGCACACUGGCAGCCAUAAUCCACUGCAACAGAACCACACCAGAAGAGCCUCUUGUACUGCAGUGCCUUAAUGUGCUGCAGCGACUCACCUACAACGUGAGGACUCUGCGCUGUACCUCUCACAUCCAUGAACUCAUCAGCUUCCUAAUGCAACACGUCCAGUCUAAUAAUGAUGACAUUAUAAAGGCCUGCCUGGGCCUGAUGGCCAACCUUUGUCGACAUGACAUCUUUGUGCAGACACACAUAAAAUCUCAGAGUAAUGUGAAGGCUUUCUACAGAGCCUUAAUUAAUUUCCUGGGUCAUAACUGUCUGACCGUUGUCGUCUUUGCACUGUCCAUUUUAUCUAGUUUGACUCUAAAUGAAGAGGUUGGACAGAAGCUGUUUAAUGCAAAGAAUAUCCAUCAGACCUUUCAACUCAUCUUUAAUAUCACUGUCAAUGGAGACGGCACCUUAACCAGAAAUUAUGCUGUGGAUUUAUUGGUGGAUCUCCUGAAAAAUGCAAAAAUCGCAGAUUACCUAGCCAAGUAUAAACACCUCUCUGUCUGUCUCUCUGAGGUGCUUGGGCUACUACAUAGCAAAGACCCUGACACAGCAACAAAGGUUCUGGAGUUGCUGGUUUCUCUGUGCUCAAUUCCCGUCCUGCGCAAGCUCCUCUGUGAGACGGUGCUCCGACCUCCUGCCCCUCGACUACAGCCCGGUGCUAGGAAAGGUGUCCAGGCCAGAGGGUCUGAGCCAAGCUUAGCGCUUCUCCACUGGGUCACGUCACCCUUGGACGGCCCAGAGCAGUGUUACAUGCAGGCUCUAUCUUUGCUGGCUGAGCUGUUUGAAGAGGCAAUCGAUUCCUCUCUGUCCAGCCCAGUUCAGCCAUUUGUUGAGCUCCUCCUGCAGGAGGUGUUGGUUUUGCUGCAGUCUCCAGAUUCCACUGAAGGAGAGCAGACGCUUAAGCAACACUGUCUGCGUGCAGGACGUGUCAUAGACCUUCUUCUCGUGCUAAGUGGAGAUGACAUAAUGAGGAUGCUGGUGUCCCAGCGGCUCAGUCCUGAAGUGUGUGUCUCACAGGUGGAUCUUCUGCUCUCCUACAGUCAAGAUCACACUGGAUCCACCCGAACCACCUCCAACUACCAGCUCAGUCAGGUGUGCUCUGAGGUGGUGUUGAAGACUCUAGAACUGAUGAGCCACCUCAGACAACACAUGCCAGACAUGGAGACGUCCUUCUACAGGAUCUUACAGGACCAGCGCAUGGUAACACCUCUCUCAUUGGCUCUGACCUCUAACUGCAGAGAGCAUGUGCAGAUGGCAUUGCACAUACUCUUUGAAGCGGCCCCUCUCCCCGACUUCCCCUCCAUCAUUCUGGGAGAUAGCAUUGCUGCUAUUAACGCAUACCAUCAGAGGGAGACUGAGUUGUCAGUCCAGAGCAGUUCUGCUAGCGAAGACAUAGGGAAGAAUUUUCCCACAGCCCAUGUCGAACCCUCUGGUUCUGCUUAUAACAGUAUCGACAGCCUCAUCGAGAAACUUCAGAAUGGAGUGGAGUUUCAGGAAAAGGUCAAAGAUGUGCACAUGUCAGAAAUCAUUGAUGUGUACGAGCAGAAGCUCUCUGCUCUAGCGUGCAAAGAGAGCCGUCUUCAGGAUCUUUUGGAGGCCAAAGCGCUUGCUCUUUCACAGGCUGAUCGACUCAUUGCUCAAUACCGCUGCCAGAGAGCUCAGGCAGAAGCUGAGGCACGCAAGUUGGCAUCUCUACUUAAAGACACAGAGCGGAGGAAAGAAGAUCUGCAGUCAGAGUUGAGUGAUCAGCUGUUGGAGGUGGAGAGACUGAAGUCUGACAGCCAGCAGCUCCUAGAACACAACGGCCGUCUCCAGACAGUCGCUGACCAGCACCAGGAAUUGAAGGGCACCUACAACCAGCUGCUCAGUAGGUAUGACAAGAGUGAAGGCAUGCUGAAGGAACUCCAGGCUGCCCAUAUUUCUCUUACCCAGCAGGCUGAGGGGCUGAGAAAGACCAAUGAGGCACUGAAACUGCAACUGGAUAGGACUCUUGCAGAGUUGGCAGACAAAGAACAGCAGAUAAAGGGCCUAAAGGCAGAUGUGCAGGAAAAAGAGAGAAAUAUAUCAGGUCUUCAGAAUGACCUGAUGAAACAGGGCGAGCAGAUCUGUGAGAUGGAGGAGAACAUUACCACCCUCAGGAAAGAACUUAACAAGACAGAGCAAGCCAGGAAGGACGCCAGCAUCAAGGCUUCUUCACUGGAGCUGCAGAAGUCACAGCUAGAGGCCAAGCUGGAGAAGUUGGAGGAAGAGCUGGGCAAACACACACACAUGAUCGCCAUGAUACACAGUCUGAGCAGCGGCAAGCUUAAGGGUGAUGCCACUGCCAACCUUUCUUUGUAACACACACAUUCUCUCACUAUCAGUCAUGUACAUGCUAUCAAGCCAUGAAAUACUUGAUGUAUUUAACUGAAAUAACUUAUUUUAUCUGUGUUAACUGUACUGUCUAUUUUAGUCUGUGUACUUUAAAUGUUGUUUUGACUCUCAUAAGCUUAAGAAAAAAAUCAAUGAAUAAAUGUCUCUAUAACACAGGAUAUUAAAGCAUAUUUUUAAAUUUGGUAUUGCAUGAAGUUUCUGAAAUGUUUUAACACAUUUAAUUCUUGAUGUAAUUUGUGUAGAAUUUGAAAUUUUAAUCUUUUACACCUUUUGGCCAGCAGAGGGCACAAUAAAUACUAUGUAAAGAUUGAGA